AUGGGCCAAAUCAAAGUGGUGCCUCGGCUGAAACCUUUACCCUAUUCAUCCCAGGAUUUGCAGCUGGAGCUACGAAAACCCAUUUUGAAUAAGCAGGUGGUUUUCGGAGACAUUGAAUUCUACUCCAAUGAUGACAAUCCAAAUAAUAAGAGAGCAUUCAAAUAUAAGCCAUGUCGCCCGAACCCUGCAUUCACGUCAAUGAUGUACUCUACAACUGAUUUUCCUCCGUUCUAUUGCCGACUCUCGUAUUUUGAUAAGUCCCCAGGAAUAUUAGUCGAUGAGAAUCUAACUACUGCUACUGCUCUUCAAGGAUGGAGAAGCGCUAGAGCGAAUGCCGUUAUCAGAGAGGGAACUUGGUAUAUUGAGUACAGACUCAUCAAGUCCAAUGACGGAGAAAGCCAUGUUAGAUUUGGAGUUGCUAGAAGAGAGGCUAGCCUGGAAGCCCCUGUAGGGUUCGAUGGAUACGGAUAUGGAUUCAGAGACAAGUACGGCCAGACGGUUCAUUUAAGUAAGCAGGGUAGCUUCUUGCAGAACGAUCAGUUUCAAACUGGCGAUGUUGUUGGGCUGCUCAUCAAGUUACCGGAUAUAAAGACGCAAAGGCGGCUAGCUAGUCAGCAAAUCCAUCAGCAAACAGUUGGACAACCCGAUCUCGAGGUUUCUGUUAACGAGCCCGCAGAAAUUGACAUUGUACGUGACCAAAUUCCGAUCAAAUACAAAAACCAGCUUUACUUUGAACAAUAUGACUAUACUGUAUCAAAAGAGAUGGAGCAUCUUUUGAACCCUGUGACCGUGUUUGGAGAAAAAGCUGUGAGAGAUACGGUAAAGUUUGAGCCAUGCAAGCUUCCAAAUUCUUCAAUAACAGUGUACAAAAAUGGAGAGUUUUGCGGAGUUGCCUUCAAGGGCCUGAAUGCAUUUCUGCCGCCUUCCUCCGAACAGAAACAUGGCAAGGAAGUGAAAGGCAGGAUUUCUGAAACCAAAGAUGAUGGCUCGCUAGGAUACUAUCCGAUGAUCAGUUGCUACAACCGAGGAGUAAUCCAACUAAACACCACUCCUGACAUUCUUGUCCCUGUGGAUCUUCAAGACGCGAUUUCGAGAGGAGAAGUCCGAAUAUACAAUGACAGAUAUGAGGAGCGUAUCUUGGAGGAAUAUGUGUACGAUUUGGUGGAUGAGGUGACCAACGAAUAUUUGGACGAGAUAGAGCGCAUGAGCGCACCUCAAACUUAA